CCCGCUGCUCGGGCUGCUCAGCCGUGCCGAGACAGAGCCAACGCUGUCCCUCAGGUUUAUUGCUCAGAGAGACAGUACCUUUUGCUGAGUUGAGCAUAUGGCUAACAGGAGCUAUGUCAGAUGAGAACACAGAAAGUUCUGAAGCAAACUGGAUUAGGAGGCCAUUGUAUGGAUUGUUUCAAUAUAAUUCCAGUAUGAUUGGACUAGAAUCACUAGCUGAUCCCUCAGAUACCUGGGAAAUUAUAGAGACUAUUGGGAAAGGCACUUAUGGUAAAGUCUAUAAGGUUGCUAAUAAGAAAGAUGGAAGCUUGGCAGCAGUAAAGAUUCUGGAUCCUGUCAGUGAUGUAGAUGAAGAAAUUGAAGCUGAAUAUAAUAUUUUGCAGUUUCUUCCCAAUCAUCCUAAUGUUGUUAGAUUUUAUGGGAUGUUUUACAAAGCAGAUCAAUAUGUGGGAGGACAGCUCUGGCUAGUACUUGAGCUGUGCAAUGGAGGUUCUGUCACAGAGCUUGUCAAAGGUCUGCUGAAGUGUGGCCGAAGGUUGGAUGAAGCUGUAAUCUCAUACAUCUUAUAUGGUGCUCUCUUGGGCCUUCAGCAUUUACACAAUAACCGGAUCAUUCAUCGUGAUGUGAAAGGGAACAACAUUCUCCUGACAACAGAAGGUGGAGUCAAGCUCGUUGACUUUGGUGUUUCAGCCCAGCUCACCAGCACACGGCUGCGUAGAAACACUUCAGUGGGAACACCCUUUUGGAUGGCUCCUGAGGUCAUUGCUUGUGAACAGCAGUAUGACUACUCCUAUGAUGCUCGAUGUGACGUAUGGUCUUUGGGAAUAACAGCUAUUGAACUGGGGGACGGAGACCCUCCUUUAUUUGACAUGCAUCCGGUGAAAACCCUUUUUAAAAUUCCAAGAAACCCUCCACCUACUUUGCUACAUCCUGAAAAAUGGUGCAGAGGAUUCAACCAUUUCAUUUCACAGUGUCUAAUCAAAGAUUUUGAAAAGCGUCCUUCAGUCACCCAUCUUUUGGAGCAUCCGUUUAUUAAGCAAGUACAUGGUAAAGAUAUGUCUUUGCAAAAACAGCUGGCUGAGCUUAUUCAAGAACAGCAGCAGCUAGGCUCCAUAGCCAAAACAAGGCAUGAACGAAUACAUACCAGAAGACCUUACCAUGUGGACAGAGCUGACAAGUACUCUCUAGAUGACGAUCUGGUAAAUCUAGAAGUUCUCAAUGAGGAUACAAUUAUCCAACAGCUGCAAAAACGUUAUGCUGACUUACAGAUUUAUACUUAUGUUGGAGACAUUUUAAUAGCCUUGAACCCCUUCCAGAAUCUCAGCAUUUAUUCUCCCCAGUUCUCCAAGCUUUACCAUGGUGUGAAGCGUUCAUCAAAUCCCCCCCACAUAUUUGCCUCUGCAGAUGCUGCCUACCAAAGCAUGGUUACAUUCAGCAAGGAUCAGUGCAUUAUCAUCAGUGGGGAAAGUGGUGCUGGAAAGACAGAAAGUGCCCAUCUGAUCGUCCAACAUUUAACCUUCUUGGGAAAGGCCAAUAACCGUGCUUUGCGUGAGAAAAUUCUUCAGGUGAAUCCUCUGGUUGAAGCAUUUGGAAAUGCCUGCACUGCCAUCAAUGACAACUCAAGUCGCUUUGGAAAAUACCUGGAAAUGAUGUUUACACCUACAGGAGCUGUAAUGGGGGCAAAGAUUUCUGAAUAUCUACUUGAAAAAUCAAGGGUCGUAAAACAGGCUGUGGGAGAAAAAAAUUUUCAUAUAUUUUAUUAUAUUUAUGCUGGCCUUUAUCAUCAGAAGAAACUCUCUGAAUAUAGACUUCCUGAUAAAAAGCCUCCUAGAUAUAUUGAUAAUGAAACUGGAAAAGUAAUGCAUGAUAUUAUUACUAAAGAUUCCUAUGGAAGACAAUUUGAAGCAAUUCAGCAUUGUUUUAGAAUUAUAGGAUUUACUGAUGAGGAAGUGUACUCAGUGUACAGAAUACUGACUGGAAUUUUAAAUACUGGAAAUAUUGAGUUUGCUGCUAUUUCUUCACAACACCAAACAGAUAAAAGUGAGGUUCCUAACCCAGAAGCCUUAGAUAACGCUGCUGCACUACUAAGCAUUGGGUCAGAAGAACUCCAAGAGGCCCUAACCUCCCACUGCGUUGUAACGCGGGGGGAGACCAUUAUCCGAACGAACACGGUGGACAAAGCAGCGGACGUGCGAGAUGCCAUGUCCAAAGCCCUUUACGGCCGGCUCUUCAGCUGGAUUGUAAAUCGUAUUAAUACGCUGCUUCAGCCAGAUAAAAAUAUAUGUAAUGCUGAAAGUGGGAUGAAUGUCGGGAUACUAGACAUAUUUGGAUUUGAGAACUUCACAAGAAAUUCUUUUGAACAGCUGUGCAUAAAUAUUGCUAAUGAACAGAUCCAGUUUUAUUUCAAUCAACAUAUCUUUGCACUGGAGCAGAUGGAGUAUCAGAGUGAG